CGCGUAAACCCCUUGGCUUCUUGGAGCCGCCGCUUGCCGCCUGAGGAAGCCUCAGGCCGAGCGGGGUGAAGCGGACACCCGGGUGGCGGAGGCCGGCGGGGCCGGGGCGGGAGGCGAAGACUCAUGAAAUGGCCACAGAUGAUAAGAGUUCCCCGACAUUGGACCCUGCUAAUGAUUUGCCUCGCUCUCCCACGAGUCCUUCUCAUCUCACCCACUUUAAACCUUUGACUCCCGACCAGGAUGAGCCCCCCUUCAAGUCAGCAUAUAGUUCAUUUGUAAAUCUUUUUCGGUUUAACAAAGAGAGAGGAGAAGGGGGCCAAGGAGAGCAGCAGGCUCCUGGUGCAAGUUGGUCCAGCCCUCAGAUCCCUUCGAGGACACAGUCUGUGAGGUCGCCCAUACCUUACAAAAAGCAGCUUAAUGAGGAGCUCCAGCGGCGUUCCUCAGUGUUAGCAGAGAACACUUUGCCACAUCCCCAGGAGAGCACAGACUCAAGAAGGAAAGUAGAACCAGCCUUUGGAGGUCAUGACCCACGUACAGCUGUUCAGCUUCGAAGCCUCAGUACAGUAUUGAAGCGCCUCAAAGAGAUCAUGGAAGGGAAAAGCCAGGACAGUGACUUGAAGCAAUACUGGAUGCCAGAUAGCCAGUGUAAAGAGUGCUAUGAUUGCAGUGAAAAAUUUACAACCUUUAGGCGCAGACACCAUUGCAGAUUGUGUGGGCAGAUUUUCUGCAGUCGUUGUUGUAAUCAAGAAAUUCCUGGAAAAUUUAUGGGCUAUACAGGAGACCUCCGAGCAUGUACAUACUGUAGAAAAAUAGCCUUAAGUUAUGCUCAUUCCACAGACAGUAAUUCCAUUGGGGAAGACUUGAAUGCCCUUUCAGAUUCAACUUGCUCUGUGUCUAUCCUUGAUCCAAGCGAACCACGGACACCUGUUGGGAGUAGAAAAGCCAGUCGUAACAUAUUUUUAGAGGAUGAUUUAGCCUGGCAAAGUUUGAUUCAUCCAGAUUCCUCAAAUAGUGCUCUUUCAACAAGACUUGUAUCUGUUCAAGAGGAUGCAGGGAAGUCUCCUGCUCGAAACAGAUCAGCCAGCAUUACUAAUCUGUCACUGGAUCGAUCUGGUUCUCCUAUGGUUCCUUCAUAUGAGACAUCUGUCAGUCCCCAGGCUAACCGAACCUAUGUUAGGACAGAGACUACUGAGGAUGAACGCAAAAUUCUUCUGGACAGUGUUCAGUUAAAGGAUCUGUGGAAAAAAAUUUGCCAUCACAGCAGCGGGAUGGAAUUUCAGGAUCACCGUUACUGGUUGAGAACACAUCCCAACUGCAUUGUAGGAAAGGAAUUAGUCAACUGGCUAAUCAGAAAUGGACACAUUGCUACGAGGGCACAAGCUAUAGCAAUUGGACAAGCAAUGGUUGAUGGACGUUGGUUGGAUUGUGUCAGUCAUCAUGACCAGCUCUUCAGGGAUGAGUAUGCGCUGUAUAGACCACUGCAGAGUACCGAAUUUUCUGAAACACCUUCUCCAGAUAGUGACUCAGUGAAUUCUGUGGAAGGACACUCUGAACCAUCCUGGUUUAAAGACAUAAAAUUUGAUGAUAGUGACACAGAACAGAUUGCUGAAGAAGGUGACGAUAAUUUGGCUAAUUCUGCCAGUCCUAGCAAGCGCACGUCAGUCAGCAGUUUCCAGUCCACAGUGGACAGUGACUCAGCCGCUUCUAUCAGCUUGAACGUGGAGCUGGACAACGUGAACUUCCAUAUCAAGAAGCCCUCCAAGUACCCACAUGUGCCCCCUCACCCUGCUGACCAGAAAGAGUAUUUGGUUUCUGACACCGGAGGACAACAGCUCUCAAUAAGCGAUGCCUUCAUCAAAGAAUCCUUAUUUAAUCGGCGAGUAGAGGAAAAAUCCAAAGAGCUGCCUUUCACACCUUUGGGCUGGCAUCAUAACAACCUGGAGCUCUUAAGGGAGGAGAAUGAGGAGAAGCAAGCCAUGGAAAGACUGCUUUCAGCUAAUCAUAACCACAUGAUGGCACUACUUCAGCAGUUGCUUCAUAACGAGUCAUUGUCAUCAUCUUGGAGGGACAUCAUUGUGUCACUAGUCUGCCAGGUUGUUCAGACAGUCCGACCUGACGUCAAGCACCAGGAUGAUGACAUGGAUAUCCGCCAGUUUGUUCACAUCAAGAAGAUUCCAGGUGGAAAGAAAUUUGAUUCUGUGGUUGUCAAUGGCUUUGUUUGUACCAAGAACAUUGCUCAUAAAAAGAUGAAUUCUUGUAUUAAAAAUCCCAAAAUCCUUCUCUUGAAGUGUUCCAUUGAGUAUCUCUAUAGAGAAGAAACUAAGUUUACUUGCAUCGAUCCUAUUGUGCUUCAGGAAAGGGAAUUCUUGAAGAAUUAUGUUCAACGGAUAGUUGAUGUUCGACCCACAUUGGUUCUAGUUGAGAAAACAGUAUCUCGUAUCGCUCAGGACAUGUUACUGGAACAUGGCAUUACUCUGGUCAUUAAUGUAAAGUCACAAGUUUUAGAACGAAUCAGUCGAAUGACCCAAGGUGAUUUAGUGGUGUCCAUGGACCAGCUGCUCACUAAACCACACCUGGGCACUUGCCACAAAUUUUAUAUGCAGAUAUUUCAGUUACCUAAUGAACAAACCAAAACACUGAUGUUUUUUGAAGGUUGUCCACAGCACCUAGGGUGCACAAUCAAGCUCAGAGGAGGCUCUGAUUAUGAGCUGGCUCGGGUUAAGGAGAUCCUAAUAUUUAUGAUCUGUGUGGCUUAUCAUUCUCAACUAGAAAUCUCCUUUCUCAUGGAUGAGUUUGCUAUGCCUCCAACAUUAAUGCAAAGCCCUUCAUUCCAUUCUUUGACUGAGGCACGAGGGGAGGAGGGAGCACUUCAGGAGCAGUGCAGUGGCAGCUUCCUUUCCCAGGAUCCAGAGUGCCCUCCUGAUUCCCUGUCUUCUGAUGAUAGCACUUUGUUGGAAUCAAGGACUGUGCUUGAGAAGGGUGAGCAGGACAGUAAAAGUGUUCCCCAGGCGGUUGCCUCUCUGAAGCAUCAAGAUUACACCACACCCACUUGCCCAGCAGGUAUUCCCUGUGCUCUCUUUGCAUUGGUACCUGAAUCAUUGUUGCCUCUCCAUGUGGAUCAACAGGAUGCUAUAGGAAAUGGAGAGCCAGAGACAUUGCAGCAAACAGAUGAGCAACAGGACCCCAAAAGCCAGAUGAGAGCCUUUAGAGACCCUCUGCAGGAUGACACUGGAAUGUAUGUUACUGAGGAAGUCACCUCCUCUGAAGAUAAACGAAAGACUUACUCUAUGACCUUUAAACAGGAAUUAAAAGAUGUGAUCCUCUGUAUCUCUCCAGUUAUUACAUUCCGGGAACCCUUCCUUUUAACUGAAAAGGGGAUGAGGUGCUCAACUCGAGAUUACUUUCCAGAGCAGAUUUACUGGUCUCCUCUCCUCAACAAAGAGGUGAAGGAAAUGGAGAUCAGGAGGAAGAAACAGCUGCUCAGGGAUCUCUCUGGACUUCAGGGCAUGAAUGGCAGUGUUCAGGCCAAGUCUAUUCAAGUCUUACCCUCACAUGAGCUAGUGAGCACCCGGAUUGCUGAGCAUCUGGGUGAUAGCCAGAGCUUGGGAAGAAUGCUGGCUGAUUAUCGAGCUAGAGGAGGAAGAAUACAGUCAAAACAUUUGGACCCUUUUGUCCAUUCAAAAGAUGCAUCGUGUACUUCAAGUGGCAAAUUGGGAAACAAGACAGAGAGUGAUGAAGAGAGGGGGUUGGUUCCAAGUGAUGCCUUAUGGUCAACAAAGGUGGACUGCCUGAAUCCUGCUAACCACCAGAGGCUCUGUGUACUCUUCAGCAGCUCAUCUGCCCAGUCCAGCAAUGCUCCUAGUGCCUGCGUCAGUCCUUGGAUUGUAACAAUGGAAUUUUAUGGAAAGAAUGAUCUUACACUGGGAAUAUUUUUAGAAAGAUAUUGUUUCAGGUCAUCUUACCAAUGUCCUAGCAUGUUCUGUGAUACCCCCAUGGUGCAUCACAUUCGACGCUUUGUUCAUGGUCAAGGCUGUGUGCAGAUAAUCCUGAAGGAGUUGGAUUCUCCAGUGCCUGGAUAUCAACAUACAAUUCUUACAUAUUCCUGGUGUAGAAUCUGCAAACAAGUAACACCAGUUGUUGCUCUUUCAAAUGAAUCCUGGUCUAUGUCAUUUGCAAAGUACCUUGAACUUCGGUUUUAUGGGCACCAGUACACACGCAGAGCGAAUGCUGAGCCAUGUGGUCACUCUAUCCACCAUGAUUAUCACCAGUAUUUCUCUUAUAACCAGAUGGUGGCAUCUUUCAGUUAUUCUCCUAUUCGGCUUCUUGAAGUGUGUGUUCCACUACCAAAAAUAUUCAUUAAACGUCAAGCCCCACUGAAGGUGUCCCUUCUCCAGGACCUCAAGGACUUCUUUCAGAAAGUUUCACAGGUGUACCUAGCUGUUGAUGAAAGACUUGCAUCCUUGAAGACAGAUACAUUUAGCAAAACAAGAGAGGAAAAAAUGGAAGACAUCUUUGCACAAAAAGAGAUGGAAGAGGGUGAGUUCAAGAACUGGACUGAGAAGAUGCAAGCAAGGCUCAUGUCCUCCUCUGUGGACACCCCUCAGCAACUGCAGUCCAUCUUUGAGUCCCUCAUAGCCAAGAAGCAAAGCCUCUGUGAAGUGCUGCAAGCGUGGAACAGCAGGUUGCAGGACCUUUUCCAGCAGGAAAAAGGUAGAAAGAGGCCUUCGGUUCCUCCUAGUCCUGGGAGACUAAGACAAGGUGAAGAAAGCAAGAUAAGUGCAAUGGACACAUCUCCAAGGAAUAUUUCUCCAGGACUUCACAAUGGAGAAAAAGAGGAUCGAUUCCUGACAACCCUGUCCAGCCAGAGCUCCACAAGCUCUACCCAUCUCCAAUUGCCCACUCCUCCUGAGGCCCUGGCCGAGCAGUUAAUGGGAGGGCCCUCUGACCUAGAUACUGUCAGUGGUUCAGAAGAUGUAUUUGAUGGGCAUUUGCUGGGAUCCACAGACAGCCAGGUGAAGGAAAAGUCAACCAUGAAAGCCAUCUUGGCUAAUUUGCUUCCAGGAAACAGCUAUAAUCCCAUUCCAUUUCCUUUUGACCCAGAUAAACACUAUUUAAUGUAUGAACAUGAACGGGUGCCCAUUGCUGUCUGUGAGAAAGAACCCAGCUCCAUCAUUGCUUUUGCACUCAGUUGUAAAGAAUACCGAAAUGCCUUAGAGGAGUUGUCCAAAGCGACUCUGUGCAACAGUGCUGAAGAAGGGCUUCCAACAAAUAGUGCUUUAGAUAGCAGACCAAAGAGUAGCAGCCCUAUUAGAUUACCUGAGGUCACUGGAGGGCAGACAAGCCGUGCAGCAGAAGCAGAGCCUCAGCCAACCAAAAAAGCUUCAGGAAUGUUGUCCUUCUUCAGAGGAACGUCAGGGAAGAGUCCCGAUCUCUCUUCUCAGAAGAGAGAGACCUUACGUGGGGCUGACAGUGCUUACUACCAGGUCGGGCAGACUGGCAAAGAGGGGACAGAGAACCAAGGUCUGGAGCCUCAAGAUGAGGCAGAUGGAGGAGAUACACAGAGGAAACAACUUACAAAUCCUCAUGUGGAACUUCAAUUUUCAGAUGCGAAUGCCAAGUUUUACUGUCGGCUGUACUACGCAGGAGAGUUCCAUAAGAUGCGUGAAGUGGUUCUGGGCAGCAGUGAAGAAGAUUUCAUUCGCUCCCUUUCUCACUCUUCACCCUGGCAGGCCCGGGGAGGCAAGUCAGGAGCUGCUUUCUAUGCCACGGAAGAUGAUAGAUUCAUUUUGAAGCAAAUGCCCCGUCUGGAAGUCCAGUCUUUCCUUGACUUUGCACCACACUACUUCAAUUAUAUCACAAAUGCUGUUCAACAAAAGAGGCCCACUGCUUUGGCCAAAAUUCUUGGAGUUUACAGAAUUGGUUAUAAGAACUCUCAAAAUAACACUGAGAAGAAGUUAGAUCUCCUUGUCAUGGAAAACCUUUUCUACGGGAGAAAGAUGGCACAGGUUUUUGAUUUGAAAGGUUCACUUAGAAAUCGAAAUGUAAAAACUGACACUGGGAAAGAGAGUUGUGAUGUAGUUCUGUUGGAUGAAAACCUCCUAAAGAUGGUUCGUGACAACCCUCUGUAUAUUCGUUCCCAUUCCAAAUCUGUGCUGAGGACCUCCAUCCAUAGUGACGCCCAUUUUCUUUCGAGCCACCUCAUUAUAGACUAUUCUUUGCUGGUUGGUCGAGAUGACACUAGCAAUGAGCUGGUAGUUGGAAUCAUAGAUUAUAUUCGAACAUUUACAUGGGACAAAAAGCUUGAGAUGGUUGUGAAGUCAACAGGAAUUUUAGGAGGCCAAGGUAAAAUGCCAACUGUGGUCUCUCCAGAGUUGUAUAGGACUAGAUUUUGUGAAGCGAUGGACAAGUAUUUCCUGAUGGUGCCCGACCACUGGACAGGGUUGGAUCUGAACUGCUGAAAUCAUGCAGAUGAUUUGAAACAGACUGUGAAGGAAAGUGGAUCUGAGCAAGAGACCCAAACUAUAUGACACAUAUUAUUUCUUUGUUUUAUAUAUCACUGAACACAAAGGCCUUUCAGUUCUGUGACUGUCCACAGACUGUCUUUAGACUGUCCAUAACUGUGGGGUAAACGCUCCAUGGAUUGUACUUUGCUUCUGUUACUUGAAAUUAGCUGUCUGUAAACCAGGAAACUGUACAACGUUAAAGACAGGUUCUUUUUAAGGGCUGCAAUUGGAGAUGAGUAUGUAGGGUAGGAAAUUGAGUUAUCAUAUUUACUAACUCUGUCACUCUGUUUGAUAGACUGUGACUGUCUGGUAGACUGUAACUGAUAGAUUGUGAGUAUUUGGUAGAUUAUGACUAUUGUCUGGUAGUCUGUGACUGUCUGGCAUCACAUUUGACACUUUUUCCCUGAGAAGGUACUUACAGACUUGCAUAAUUCAUUUUAUGUUUCCUAUGUAGUAACUUUGUGUUUAUUCUUAUAAUUUCUGAAACUUUUAGGAAAAGUCUGAUUUAUUCUAUUAAUUGCCAGUUAAAACAGAUUGGUGCUUGCUUUGCUAGGAAUUUGAUUUAAACUGGGAAUCCUGUCAUACUCUGUAUUCUCCAUCUUACUUUGUUUGUAACUGUGUUCACAUUCUAUCUUUUCUGCAGGAGAUGAGAGCCUAAAACCAUUAGCUUCAAAGCCUUUCAUAGAGCUUUGUAAGGAGCUUGUUUAAAACUUCUCUGUAAUGUACCAAACAGCACUCAACCCACAUGUGUGUUUGCAUUCUGGAUUUUCGUCUCAUUUUGGGGAAACAAAAUGAGCAGUAAAUGAAUACGUAGUCACUGAAUCCCUAAAUGAAUAAUUAAUAAUGACAGAUUUUUUUUUACAGUAAAAGAUAGAUUAAGGCCAAUCCAAGAAACUGAGAAGGAACAAUUGUUUUGUUUUUUUAAUAGUGGUAAAGUAUCUUUCAUCACUUCUAGCAGUUUAAUAGGAUCUAAAACGUUUCAGUGUGGAUACUCUCAUUUUUAAGUUUCUACCACACUGACCAGUGCUGCUGAGAAAUGCUAAGAGGUGAAGUGAUUCCCACUUUAAGGACCUUGUUUACUAGUCUGUGGUCUCAUCUAAAAAGUGGUCAAGAAUCCUGAACUGUGAGUAGAUGCUUUUACCCCAGAAUAGUGCCCAUGUCCUCUUGGCUUUUAUGUAACAAGGAUAUUUGGACAUUUAUAGAGUUGUAAUGAUUCCAUUUUUUUUCAGAUUUCCUCUAAUAGCACAACAAUAUUGGAGAGAGAGAGAGAGAGAGAGAGAGAGAGAGAGAGAGAGAGAGAGAGAGAGAGAGAGAGAGAGAGAGAGAGAGAGAGAGAGAUUGGGUGUGAUCUGCUUCAUAGAAUAGUCUGCACCUGAACUAGACACAAGUUUGGCAAGUUUGCUGUAGAGAAUGAAGUGGUAACCAACUGUUUGUUGCUUAUUGCGAGCAUGACUAGUUUUGAAUUCAUAACAAGUUGAAUAAGGGCUUAUGUCUACCUGAUGUUAAGCCUUGGCCUCAUCAGCCUUUCAUCUGUGCCUUGUGAAGGUGGACCAAACACUGAAGAGUCCAGCUGUGAUAUUAGAGGUCAGUAAAGUAGUUGUGCUGACAUGAAAUUGGCAUGGAACUCUUACUUUCUGUACACCCAGACACAAAGGCUUUCUUAUCUGCCUUGGAAUGCCAGCUCUGUUUUGUCUCUGCUCAUUUCUUCUGUCCUCACUUCUUGCAGGACUAGAAUUAUGUCUUGUUGGUUUCAGUACAGUGCAUGUAGCUGAGCUCAGGGCAGUAACCAGUAACCCCCUAGAAACAUGGCACCUCCUUCCUCUCUUGCCCCUGACCUGGAAAGCAAUUUUGCCUUUUAAAGUAUUGUUGCCUCUGGCAUUUUGGUGACUAAACUUUCUGAAGCAAGAGUUAUUGCUUUGAAAGCUUGACUUGUCCUUUUAAAAUUAAUGUCAAACUGGUAUUAAUGAAGGGGAAACGCACAAUUGAACUGUUUUGAAAGGUACAAGUGUGUGACUCCUGGCUAUUUGCGUUUAGCUGCUACCAUGUAUAUGUAUGUAUAUUUAGUAUUUGGAGUGCUUUGAAUUGAAUGACUGUUGUCCUCUUGAACUCCCUUUCCUGGUCUAGAGAAUAUUAAUGUUGAAAAGUUGUGAAUAAGGAAGAAAUCUCAUGCUCAGAAUAUAACAUGAAUUCCAAAGCAACCGAUAGAAACAUGAGAGAAUUAUGACAGCAUAUUGCUUUGUAUAACAGUCUUAUUUAUAAAUAUGAAGCUUUUUGAUGACAUAAAGUUUUGUUAAAAAAAGAAGAGACUUAAGUUUUUCCUCUCUGCCUGAGGGAAGAAAGGAGAAAUAAGCUGUUAUGAGCACUUUGUAGUCACUGAGGGUUUUUUUUUAAUAGCUUCUCAAGGUUUCCUAUGCGGUGUCUGAGCAUCUAUGUAAAUAAUAGGGCCAUUCAUGCUGACAUUGACUUAUAUGACAACUUUGUGGCUGAUGGUUUCUUGGCACUUUAACCAUUAGCAGUGGACUUCUUGGAAGUGCUAAGGAAGAUUAUCAGCAUGUAGAAAGUUAGCUGAGUUUCAAGUGUGAAAACUGUUGCCAGUGAGCUUGGUGAAGUCUGACCAGGACAUUUAUGCUCUCAAAGUGACUUAUGCAGUAUUUAAACAUCUAGUGCAAUGCCUUUUUUUUUUUUGGGUUGGUUUUGUAAUAGGUGCAGUGUAUUAUAGAAAAAAUGAAAAUUACAAUCAUGAGCAGUUUUGUGAAUGCUGCUUUGUCAGUUUUGUAAAAGAAAAUGUACAUAGGGUCUUUCAACAGGUUUUAAUCUAGAAGAAAUAACAUUGUAAAUCACAGUAGCUUCCUAAUUUAAUAUGAAAAACUCAAUAUUGAAAGUACUUAUUGUAUUGGAAUGUAUAUAUUUCUCUAACUUUGUUUCCAGCUGUUUUAUAUGAUUAACGUGUUAUUUAAAGAUAACUGCCCUAGCCUUUUAGAGACUUGUACUGUAAAUAAAGAGGACCUACAAUAAACUGGAAUUUACUUUA